AUGUGUUUUUGAGGUUAUAAUCUUACACAAUUCAGACUUUAGACUUUGAGCCACGUCAAGGAUUCUGAUAAAAAUAAUAUAUAGGCUGACACUUAAUUAAAAAUAAUUAAACAGGAAUAGUUGCACAUUCAUAUCUUUUUCGAGCAAGAAUGGCGCGUGUUCUUGUAGGUGUAAAAAGAGUAAUAGACUAUGCAGUUAAGAUUCGUGUCAAACCAGAUAAGUCUGGAGUGGUUACGGAUGGCAUCAAACACUCGAUGAAUCCUUUCGAUGAGAUAGCUAUAGAGGAAGCAGUUAGAAUGAAAGAAAAGAAAAUUGCCCAAGAAGUGAUAGCGGUCAGCUGUGGACCGGCUCAGUCCCAGGAUACAAUCAGGACUGCCCUUGCCAUGGGUGCAGACCGUGGAAUUCAUGUUGAAAUAUCUGGCCCUGAUUAUCAAACAUUGCAGCCCAUUCAUAUCUCAAAGAUACUGGCAAAAUUGGCGCAAGAUGAGAAAGUGGAUUUGAUAAUAGUCGGUAAACAAGCUAUAGAUGAUGAUAACAAUCAGACCGCACAAAUGACAGCUGGUGUCUUGGACUGGCCAUCUGGAACGUUUUGCAGCAAGGUUGAGAACAACAACGGUGAAUUGACUGUUACACGUGAAAUUGAUGGUGGAUUAGAGGUCAUCAAGAUGAAAACUCCUGCAGUUUUGAGCGCUGAUCUUCGCUUGAACGAACCACGUUACGCGACUUUACCAAAUAUCAUGAAGGCUAAGAAAAAACCCAUCAAGAAAGUUACUCCGAAAGAUCUCGGAGUAGAUGUAACGUCGAGAAUUGAAAUACUCUCUGUAGAAGAACCGCCAGUUAGACAAGCUGGUGCCAUAUUACCAGAUGUCGAUACCUUGAUAGGUAAAUUGAAAGAAGGCGGCCACGUUUAGCCGAUUCUCUCUUCUAGGGUAAUGGAAAUUAAUGAUCAAGUAUUGUUUUGAACUGUUUAAGCUUUGAUUUAUUUUGAUAACUCUUUUUGUAUAUAGCAUAAUAGUUUUGUACAUUAUCAGAAAUUGUAUAUGAUAUUUCAAUAAAUUUAUACUAUGCAAAUG